AUGAGCAGCACUUCUGAUCCUCAGAUGUUUGAAGAGAUGUUUUCUCACCGCUUUACGGCAGAUGACAUAGAAUAUCAGGAAUAUGUAAAAAGGCCACAAGAGAUACCCCCAAUUGUGGAAAACUGGAAGAUGGGCAACCAAAGACACCAGGAUAGGUAGCUGUUCUUUGAUUCUUUUACAUCCCAAUAAUUUUAAAGGAACACUGUAGGUACUGAAAAUUAUCCAUCUCAUUGAAGUGGUUAUAGUGUCUAGAAUCUCUUGGCUAAUCGUCCAGUAAUCAUUAAACAGCUUUUAAUUCAAUACAGGAGCCCCAACAGUCCACACCCUGUGUGCUGCUUGGUCUAAUGAGAAGACAGCCGGAGCAGCAGUGGGCCGCCAACAUUGUCAGCUGACUGGUUUCAGCCUAUCACAGUGCCCAUUGCUGCUAUAAAUUGAUAUGGCUAGAAGGAAGUGUUACCUCCAGUGGAGGCCAGUCGGCUGUGAAUGAACAGGGUCUCUUACUAAGUGUUAAAUUGCUUGACAAUUCUUUAACACUGAAUUGAAGAACAGUGCCAGAUGAUUUAUAGUUAAUUCAAUGAGCUGAAAAUGGUUAUAGUGCCUACAGUGUCCCUCUUAAUAUCAGUGAUUUUAUUCUUGAUUUUUGUUAUUGUAAGUGAUAAAGAUUUUAUUCCUAUUUAAUUUAUUUCAUCAUAUUCCCUUCCAAAUUUCUGAAAUAAAUUCACUUACAUUUGCUUUUUUGUGUGUGUAGAAGCAGGUGUCAACAUACAUUUGUCAUUAAGGGACUGAACAUGUUAGAUUUUUCUGUUUGUGCUUCUCUUUUAUGUAGAAUUUUUAACAAACAUGUUUUUCAUUUGUCUGUUUUCUCAGGUAUCGAGAUAACAGACCACGUAGAGAAUGGGAAGGAAGACGAGAUUGGUCACAUAAUUACAAUCAGCCACGUGGUGGGAGAGGAUGGGGUAAUCAUUACAAUGAAUACAGACAAGAAGGGCGUUAUGGAUAUAAUAACCCUGACAGCCAAAGAUUUCACUCUGGAAGAUAUUAA